CGAUCCGCCGAGUAUAAAUGAGGAAAGACGAAUCGAUCCGAAGACAGUCCGUUCCCUGGCCGGUCGCAACCGAGACUCGCGAUGCGGAGACUCGGCUUCCUGGGCCUGCUCCUCUCGGCCGCGGCCGUUUCCGGCCUGCCGGCUUCCGAUCCCGACGCCGUCACAGACGCCGUCCCGCCGAAGGACCCGAGGCCUCCGCCCAUGGGCGCCGAGACGCAUCACGGCGUCGUCUACCUCGUCAACCUAUACGCCGUGAGGAACCGAACCGAGCAGGACCCGGAUAACCCUCGAAACGAAACCGCCGACGCGGGCCCCGAGAUUCUUGGACCCAUCGCCACCGUCCUCCUCAUAGUCGAGACCGACGAGGACGAGGGGCCCACGGACCUGGACCAGGUCGUUCGAGAUUUGAAGAAGGAUGGCUUCAAGGUCGAGCGGAUCAGCUCCGACGGGGAGACCAAGCUCGUGAGGGUCGACGUCGACGAGACCGAGGAAGACGUCGAGAAGAGGCUGACGAAGCCGCUCGAAUCGAACAAGAUCCGGAGCAAGAGGACCCUCUGCAUGAAAUGCUUCAAGGGCGGCGGAGGGUGUGGCGGCGGAGGCUGCGGCGGGGGAGGGGGCGGGGGCGGGGGCGGAUACCCCAGCGGAGGAGGACGAGGAGGAGUGGUAGCGAUCCCGAUCGCCGUGGUACCGAUUACGGUUUCAGGUGGCGGAUACGGGCACCCUAGCAAGAGCUACCACCCGAGCGGAGGCGGCGGUCGGUGUAACACUUGCGGAGGAGGCGGAGGCGGCGGCGGAGGCGGAGGAUACGGCCACUCUUACUCCCAAGCGUCCGCGUCCGCGCAGUCGUCCAGCUGGGGAAAAUGAACCGCCCCGUGGAUCCGGGGGCGCACGGUUCCGACGACGAUUCCGAAGAAAAUACAGUCGAGCGAACUCGAAAAAGUACGAAA